AUGGAGGCGCCGGCGGCGGCUGGGGGCGGCGCGGGCCCCGGCGGCAGCAACGUCCCCGCCUUCCUCACCAAGCUGUGGACCCUGGUGGAGGAUCCCGACACCGACCCGCUCAUCUGCUGGAGCCCGAGUGGAAACAGCUUCCAUGUGUUUGACCAAGGCCAAUUUGCCAAGGAGGUGCUUCCAAAGUACUUCAAACAUAACAACAUGGCCAGCUUCGUGCGUCAGCUCAACAUGUAUGGCUUUCGAAAGGUGGUCCACAUUGAGCAGGGCGGUUUGGUGAAGCCAGAGAAGGACGAUACUGAAUUUCAACAUCCGUACUUCAUCCGAGGCCAGGAGCAGCUCCUGGAGAAUAUCAAGAGGAAAGUAACCAGCGUCUCCAGUAUAAAGAAUGAGGAUAUAAAGGUUCGUCAAGACAAUGUCACCAAGUUACUGACUGAUGUCCAGAUGAUGAAAGGAAAGCAAGAGAGCAUGGAUUCCAAAUUGAUAGCAAUGAAACAUGAGAAUGAGGCAUUGUGGAGGGAAGUGGCCAGCCUGAGGCAGAAGCAUGCCCAGCAGCAGAAAGUCGUCAAUAAGCUUAUCCAGUUCUUGAUUUCAUUGGUGCAGUCAAACCGUAUCCUUGGGGUGAAGAGAAAAAUCCCCCUGAUGUUGAACGACAGCAGUUCAGCACAUUCCAUGCCUAAAUACAGUCGACAGUACUCCCUGGAGCACGUCCACGGUUCAUCCCCAUACGCAGCUUCUUCCCCGGCAUACAGCGGCUCCAAUCUGUACUCCCCGGAUUCUUCAGCCAACUCUGGUCCCAUUAUCUCCGAUGUGACGGAACUAGCCCAGUCCAGCCCCUCAGCGUCCCCCAGUGGCAGUCUCGAUGAAAGGAGCAGCCCUGUGGUCCGUAUCAAAGAAGAGCCCCCCAGUCCCACCCCCAGCCCCCAGAUAGAGGAGGCCAGCCCUGGGAACCCUCCUGCUGUUGAAACCCCCCUGUCUCCCUCCACUUUCAUUGACUCCAUCCUCCAGGAGAAUGAACCCAGCACCACGGCCGCUGCCAGUGACAGCACCACGCAGCCUCAGCCCCCAGAAAAGUGCCUCAGCGUUGCCUGCCUCGACAAUUUGACUCGCACUCCGCAGAUGUCAGAAGUCACUCGUCUUUUCCCCAGUUCUUCCACUUCCUCACUUCAUUGCAGAUCACAGCAAGGGAGCGAGCUAAAUGACCAUCUGGAUACCAUUGAUUCCAACCUGGAUAACCUCCAAACCAUGCUGACCACGCACGGCUUCAGUGUAGACACUAGUGCUCUGCUGGACCUGUUUAGCCCUUCAAUGACGGUUACAGACAUGAACCUUCCUGACCUGGACAGCAGCCUUGCGAGCAUCCAGGAUCUCCUCUCAUCCCAGGAACAGCAGAAACCUGCUGAGACAGACGCCAGCACAACAGACAUGGGAAAGCAGCUGGUGCACUACACCGCUCAGCCCCUCUUUCUGGUGGACUCGAGCGCUGUCGACAUGGGGAGCGGAGACCUGCCCAUCUUCUUUGAGCUGGGGGAAGGGCCAUAUUUCACUGAUGGCGAAGAGUACUCGGAAGACCCCACCAUCUCUCUCCUGUCGGGGACUGAGCAGGCCAAACCCAAGGACCCUGCCGUAUCCUAAGGCUGAGUGCGAGAACACGCUCUAAAGGGAAAUCCAGCCACCAGCCUCCUUGCUUUGCACAGACAUUGAAAGCUCUGAACACCCUUCGGUCCAUGUUUGCUUCCCCCGGCACUGUGAGGAUUUCAUUUGUGUGUGUGCUUAAUGAGGUGUUUUGAAAUCUGCUUUAGGUUCUAGCCACCCGGUAUAGGGCUCCUCCAGGUUGGAAGUCUUGGGGGGCUGAGCAGUGCUGACCCCUGUGCUGUGGUUGUCAUCACACCGGCCAGAGAGGCUAGACAGGCACCGGGGCUUGGAUGUGCAGGCAGGAGAUCUGGGUGGUCACAGGAUAGCUAGUCACUAAGUGAGAUUGUGUUUCGUUCUGCACUCCAGGCGAGGAGGGUGGCCAUGCCCUACACAAGAUCCCAACAGUUGGCGAAGGUCGGCAGGCGCUUCGCCCCUGCCAUGGAGAUGGGGCGUGGCGGCAGGGCCGCACGAUGCUCCCGGGCAUGUAGAAGGGGUUGUGGGUUUGCGGCAGGGAAUACCCCCUCCCCCCAGUGAGGUGGACGUGGUGUUUUUUAAAGCUGGCGCUGAUGGGCUGGGUCCCUCGGUGGUCUCUGCCACGCAGUUGGCUCCCUGCUGCUCUGUGUGUGCGUGGCAGGACCCCUCGGCUCCCCCAGCCCAGCCACGGAGAAGCCGAACUUCCUC